CGGUGAAAAUGGGGUUUGGAUUCCACACGUCUCCCACCUUGACCUUAAAAUCUUAGCACCAAUAAGACCCAAGUCAAGUCCACUAACCUUCCAACCACUACUUUUGUCGGCUCUCCCCUUAAUUUAACUCAUGCCCCAAAGCAUUCAUCUUUCACCCGCCAUAAUCAACACCAUGGCGCCACCGCCACCACCACCCUCUCUCAUUCUCUCUUCCCUUUUCACUCUAAUUCUCUCCUCCCUCUUAUCUUCGCCGGCGCUGGCCGAGCCCAACGCCGCCCACCAUCCCCACCGCCACCUCCGGUCACUCCACUUCUCCCUCUUCCAGCACGAAACAAUCAACAAAACCGGCUACUUCAUCGUGCCGGGGGUGGCUGGCCCAGGAGUGAGCCAAACCACCACCCCAUUUGGCACCAUGUUUGUAUUUCACGACCCUUUGACCACAGCGCCCGACCGAGCAUCGAAGCUGGUCGGCACGUCGGAGGGAACCUCCAUAACCUCUAGCCUCGAUGGCUUGCGAAGCCUUAGCAUAGCGAAGAUCAGCUUGCGUUUGAGGAACCAUACCGGUUCGCUCUCCAUCGUGGGUGGGACCCAUAAUGUUAAACCGUCGAACCACCCCAUUGUCGGAGGGACCGGAGAUUUCUUGUUCGUACAAGGCUACGUGACGUCAUCUCCGGUGGAUCUGAUCGGAAUCACGGUGGUUUACAAGUUGGAAUUUCAUAUUUACUGGCCGCCCUACGCAUAAUUUACUCUACUUUAUACAAAUUUCAGGUUUAUUUUUAAAUUCUCAGUAACUUUACUUUUAUGAAUAUUUGUGUAAUAAAAGCUCAAUUUAGCAUCUCC